UGACGCGCUCGCCUGUGUACAUCUCAUAUAAGUGUCGUCCCGUAGCGACCGCCACCAGAGUUGCGCAGGAGUCGAUUGUGACAGGAGUGACACGAGUGCACCAUGAACAACUAUCUGACGUAUCUUUCUUUCUUCGCCGUCGUUUUGGGCGCGAAAUCUGCAUCGGCUCCCUUCAUAAAGCCGUGUAAAUCCGGGGACAAUGCGUGCGUGCUUGCGUCAGCGCAGGCCGCUGUACCAAUCAUGGCGGCUGGGAUCCCAGAGCUGGGGAUCAAGUCGCUGGACCCCAUGAAGUUCGAUGAGAUCAAAGGGGACCAAGCUGGCUUAACUCUGAAGUUCACGGACACGACGGUGACUGGGAUGAAAGGGUGUACUGUAGAUGGUGUCAAACACGACUUGAGCAAAGCCAAGCAGUCGAUCACGAUCAGGUGCAGCGUGGACUUGAACGGAGACUACAAGCUGGGUGGGCAGCUGCUGGUGCUGCCCAUCAGGGGAGAGGGGAAAUAUCAUAUUAAUAUCCGUGACAUAGUGAUUAAAACAACCAACGGGCUUGUGACGGUCGACGGAGAUGAUGGCAAGAAACACUGGCACAUCGACAACUGGCAUUUCACUCAUCAAGUGAAAACUGGUGCAGUCUUCAAUUUCGACAACCUUUUCAAUGGAAACAAGGUUUUGGCUGGGCCCGUGGAAGACUUCGUUAAUGCCAACUGGCGUGAUGUAAUGCGUGAGGUUGCUCCUCCAAUCGUUCACGCUAUUGUAGCACGUGUUGUCGAAGAUGUAGAAUCACUAUACAAAGCCGUGCCCGCGGAAGAACUUUACAUUCCAUAAAUAUUAAGCCUAUUUUUAAAUGAACACACUCGAUUUAAGUAACUAUGUAGGAUAGAUAAAAGCAGUGAUAAUAAAUUAGUUUAAGUUUCA